AAGCGCUGCGUCGUUUCGGUGCACUUGACCCGUCCUUCACGCUGACGUUUUCUCUGUCGGGAUCUCUCCUCCUGCUCCUCCUCAGGAGGACUCUGGCCUUCCUCCUGGCGUCUGCAGCAUCAUUUCCUCCUCUUCGGUUUCCGUCUCUGACCUUCAUUUCCUUCUGCGGUCAAACAGAAAUCGUCUUUGUUCGCGGGCGGGAUGCCGAUGGCCGCUUCCUCUAACUCCUCCUCUUCCUCCACCUCCUCCUCAUCCUCCUCUCCUCUCAGCCUCAGCACCACAGCCGGAGGGCCGCUGGGCCGGAACCGCCGAGCGGGUCUCUGCACUGAGCUCCACGACGGACCGAAGUGCCGUCAUUGACCGCCGCUCUUUCUCGCUUCUCCCCAGCAGACCGUCACCUUUAACCUGCUCCGCCGUGACUGAGCGCAGUCCAGGUCGGCAGAACGUGACAGAACCAUGACAGACGGCGGGAGGAUGAGGAUGAAGCUGGGACGAAAAGGAUGAUCCUGCUUUAUCGAGACUGAUCCAAACUCCAAAACCAAAAAGUGACGGUGUGUCAGCGUCCUGGGAGUUGACAGCAGAGACGAUUGUCCUCGGAUCCAAGCACUUAUCCAGAUUGUCCACUUUCAGCUGUGAAAUGUAACUUUUGGAAACCAACAUCCUGUCAGCGAACACGAUUGUCUCAGGUCUCAAGUUCCCAUCCGCUGGACUCCUGCAGAUUAAACUGCAGCAGAAAACAGAUCAGGAAAAUCCAGCAAAGACUUUGCCAUGAAUCACCUUCAUUCCAGCCUGAGCUCGGAGAUGAUGGAGAAGGCUCGCUUGGAGCUGAACGAAAACCCAGACACUCUGCAUCAGGACAUCCAGCAGGUGCGGGACAUGAUCGUGACCCGACCGGAUAUCGGUUUCCUGCGAACGGAUGACGACUUCAUCCUUCGCUUCCUGAGAGCUAGAAAGUUCGACCAGCUCGAAACCUUCCGACUGUUGGCCCAGUACUUCCAGUUCCGGCAGCAGAACCUCGACAUGUUCCAGAGCUUCAAGGUGGAUGAUCUUGGCAUCAAGCGAGCACUGAUGGAUGGUUUCCCAGGUGUGCUGGAGUCUCCAGACCAGCAUGGACGAAAAAUACUCAUUUUGUUUGCAUCCAACUGGGACCAAAGCAGGAACUCCUUCAUUGAUAUCCUGCGGGCCAUCCUGCUCUCUCUGGAGGUUCUGAUUGAAAACCCAGAACUGCAGAUCAAUGGCUUCAUCCUGAUCAUCGACUGGAGCAACUUCUCUUUUAAGCAGGCCUCCAAGCUGACGCCCAACAUCCUCAAACUGGCCAUCGAGGGGCUCCAGGACAGUUUUCCGGCUCGGUUCGGCGGAAUCCAUUUCGUGAAUCAGCCGUGGUAUAUUCAUGCCAUGUACACCAUCAUCAAACCCUUCCUGAAAGACAAGACCAGAAAAAGGAUCUUCCUCCACGGGAACAACCUAAACUCACUCCACCAGCUCAUCCUGCCUGAAUGUUUGCCGUCGGAGUUCGGAGGAACGCUGCCGCCGUAUGACAUGGGCAUGUGGGCGCGCACGCUGCUGGGACCUGACUACACCGACGAGACCGAGUACACGCUGACGUACGACGCCCUGCACGUCCGGGAAAACUGUGGAGGAGGAGACAAAGAUAUGAUGAAAAGGUCUCAGUCCACGGUGGAGACAGGAACCCUCCGGCAGACAGACAGAGAGAGCAGCACGCCGCUGCUUGCUCUGGACUGAAUCUGCACCCUCUGUGUGCAUCAGGGGGUAACUCUGACUGCAGCUGAAUGUCCUGACUUUCCAGACAUUUGCAGCUCUGAUGUUUUUACUUUCAUCAACCAAAAGCCACAAUCAAGCUUCGAAUGUCAAUGUUUCAUUCCUUUUGAUUUCAGCCUUGUUGUUUCGCCUUGAGGGUCUGUGAUGCUAAGAAAAAAGAAUCAAUAUGAAGAAAGCUUUUGUAAAACUUCUUUAGUUUCAGUAUUACUCCCUGAAAUAUCCUUCGAACUCAGGAUUAUAUCCUUUCUCUUCAGAUUUAAAAAUGAAUUGUUCCUUUAACUCUUGCAGAUGUUAAAUGACAGAAGAAUAUGUGGGAAGUCACAUUAUUUUAUUCUAGUUCAAAUUAUUUUAAAGCUAAUUAUUCCCAAAAGUCCAAAGGGACCAAAUGUCCUCAAUCUCUGGUGCGUCGUCAUUCUAAACAGGGAACUUGGGUCAAAGGCCUCACAAAGACACGUAGACAAACACACACACUCACAUUUUUCUUUUUGAAGUUGUCUUUAGUUUUUUUAAUGAAAAACAAGCUGUCAUUGUCUUACUUCUGUGAAUCAGCCUAAAAUUUAUGAGCUACACAAAAAGUAAGCUUCAAAUCCCAAUCAUAAAAAACAAUUUGAACAAUUUUAAGCCUUUUUUUUAAAUUCAUGUUUAUCUUUCUUGUUAU